CUUCAUGUGAAGAGGCACACCUAGUUCCUCUUUUGCUAAACGUAGAACCGGUUAAAUCGCUCCAGUUCGUAUCAAACUGUCGUUGGAUAUUGUCUCCAGAUUAACAAUGAGGAAUCUCUUUUGGGUAAUUUUGCUCGUUGCAGUUGCACGUGCGCAAGAGACAUACAAAUUCUGCGCACCUGUCGACGUGGUAAGCGAUACAGCGUGUUUCGCUCUGCAACGAGGAGACGUAGUAUCGUGUUUGAGCGUUGCGGACAGCGCCGAGUGCGCUAUUCGCUUAGCUCAAGGCGAAGUCGAUUUUGGUGUCUUCAAUGCGGAAGAAUUGUUGUUGGCAUAUCAAUUCUAUCCAUCUAACAUCCAACCUAUUCUUCAACUGAGGCAUAAGGAAAAACAGCUAGAGGAAUUUGAAUUCAAAACGGUGGCAGUGAUUCCCAAAGAUGAUAUGACACAGAUUGAACUACCUCCUGGCGAACGUCUCAAACGUUUGAGAAAUAGUGGCUUUUGCCAUCCUGGUUUCAGCAAAUCUCAAUGGCUGAAUGAUUAUAUUCUCAAGUAUUUUGAAAACAAAGUAAACCCUCCACAGUGCCAAGAUGACGUGACCAUUAUCGAGAACGAGAUCAGAAAUCUCAGGAAUUUCUUUGGAAAAGCUUGUAGGCCAGGUGAAUGGGCCUCUGAUAGCUCUUUCGAUCAACAGCUAAAGAGGAAAUAUCCAGAAUUGUGUGCUCUUUGUGACAACAAAUCAAAUUGUAGUUACAAUAUUAAACAGCAUCACGGACAUAUCGGAGCUUUGCAAUGUCUAACUCGUGGUAAUGGUAAAGUGGCAUACGCAGCGCUUCAGUACGUUCAGGAAUACCUCGGAAGAAAUUCAUCGUAUCAAUUUUUAUGUCCAAAUGGCAACGUUCUUCCUUUGUCCACUGAAAGCCCUUGCACAUGGGUCAGACAACCGUGGAGCGUCGUCGCAGCUAGAAAAGACAUCGCAGACUCUCUUAAGUCUAAUUUGUUCACAUGGAUAAAACAUCCGGAGAAAGAGCAAUGGAAAAUUACUUUAAGACAACUUAUAGAAGAGGAUAGCUCGGCUUACGAAUUGGAGAAAAUAUCCAUGGCUUCGUACUUGAGCAAGGGAAGGGACAUCGAUAUCGAGAACAUUCAAACCUGCGGCAAGCACAUUCGUUGGUGCACGAUCGGCGAUCUGGAGACCAACAAGUGCAAGUGGGUGGCGAAAACGGCGAAGGCUCUCGGUGUGUCGCCGAGCAUUUCUUGCAUCAAUUCAAAUUCCACGUUUCAGUGUCUCCACGAUAUACAAGAAAAUCGAACAGACAUAAUGGUCAUUGAUUCCAACUACGGUUUCCUGGCGCGAAACGUUUAUGGCCUGUCAACCAUUCUAUACAGCGAAACCGAAAUGGAUAAGAACAGCGUGACAGUCGCGGUGGUGCGUGAGCCUAGAGGCGACAAUUAUCCCAUAAAGAGCUUUCACGAUUUAAAGAACAAAAAGGCGUGUUUCUCGGAGUACGGCGGACUCAGUUGGUUGAGCUUCAUCAAUGUCGCUAGGACCAACAAUAUCAUCUCACCUAAAUCCUGCGACUAUCCGUUAUUGGUGUCCAGACUCUUGUCUGGCGCUUGUGCACCCGGAAUAAAAGAUUCCGAUCACUCGCGCACCGGCGUCCCCCCGGACGUGGCGUCCAAACUGUGCUCGGCUUGCAGAUCACAUUAUAAUACUACGUCCUGUGAAGCGAACAAAAAUAAUCGCUAUUACGGUGACGUAGGAGCUAUGAAAUGCAUCGAUGAAGGAGUCGGUGACAUAGCGUUUAUCGAGUUGACAAAUAUUCAUGGCCUCGUCGAUUCGGAAACGGAUAAAUACCGUAUUUUAUGCAAAAAUGGAAGCUUGGCCAAAAAUGCAGGAUUUAAGAUUGAUGAACACUGCGCACUAUCGGAGACCAUCGACAGUGAGGUUAUUGGUAGUAAGAGAGAUGCCACGCAAAUCUCUAGGACAGAUAUUACUCUGGCUCUAUUAAAGCUGGAAGAUUGGCUAGGAUAUCGCGUAAACGCACGAAGACCAAUUCACAUUUACGGACCAUUCAACGGCACAUUAGAUCUUCUCUUUAAAGAUUCCUCGGCCGGUUUGGUUUCCACAUCGUCGGAGAAGAAGUCGGUGCUUGCCUAUAAAGAGCUUUUGAAUCACGUCGAGACGUGCUCCAAAGGUUCUUUCGCGACCACCGCUAAUUUCAUCUUUGUAGCCCUGGUCGCACUUUAUCAUCUUCUUUCUGGUCACGUACACUAAUUUUCUCUGCAUUGUAUUAAUUUCAACAUUUACAAUAUUUACGUAAUAUCUACGCAAUUGUCAUACAUUAUACUUUUAAAUGUAACUUCUAAGCGUUGAUCAUUUUUUGUAUCUUUUACAAAGAAUAAAAGCACCAUUCCUACAUUCCUUUAUUUUAGACACUAGAAUAAAAAAAGCUAUUAUUACUUUUCUACUAA